ACUUAAUUGUUAAACUGGAUUGUGUUAAUUGUGCUCCUUAUUUUGAUGCAGGCAAAAGGUGGACUGUUCUCAAAAGGAAAAGCUCCAUUCAUCACUUUUGUCUUAGGUGGCCCUGGUAGUGGAAAAGGUACUCAAUGUGCUAAGAUUGUUAACAAUUUUGGAUUCAAGCAUCUAAGUGCAGGAGAAUUAUUGAGGAGAGAAAUAGCUUCUAACAGUGAAUAUGGUGCCAUGAUUCUUAACACAAUUAAGGAAGGAAAGAUUGUCCCAUCAGAAGUAACUGUCAAAUUGAUCCAAAAGGAGAUGGAAUCAAGUGAUAGCCGUAGAUUCCUCAUUGAUGGUUUUCCACGAACUGAGGAGAAUCGCAUUGCUUUUGAGAAUAUUACUGGAGCAGAACCAGAUCUUGUUAUUUUCUUUGAUUGUCCUCAAGAAGAGAUGGUGAAAAGAGUUCUGAACCGUAACGAGGGUCGAGUUGAUGAUAACAUAGUUACAAUCAAGAAACGUCUCAUAGUGUUUGAAGCAUUAAAUCUUCCUGUUAUCAAUUACUAUUCAAAGAGGGGAAAACUUUAUACGAUCAAUGCUGUAGGUACAGUCGAUGAAAUAUUUGAACAAGUUCGCCCUAUUUUUGCUGGUAAGCAGUUGAUCGGAUGAAUUGUAA